AUUGGGAGGCGUGGCUUAGCGAAGGAUUUGCUCUGGUUUUUGCGUCCCCGGCGCGCUCCACGGUCCGGCGGCGCGCGCUCUGCGUUCCCUAACACACACACACACACACAAGAAAGAUGAAGUGAAAAAAACAGAAGUGGACGAUGUGCAAACGCGCGCGGAGGGUCCUGGAGACGCGGUGCCUACGAUUUGCAGAGGUGCGAUGUUGAGGGUGGCAGAGUGAUGAUGCAGUGACUCUCAGGCUGAGUGAUGUUCCUGCGGUUGCUUCUGCUCCUGUUAACCUUCUCCUCACACACACAGCUCUGUCUGGCUCUGAAGACGUUGCGGGAGCAAUGGGCCAACUACAGAAAUGAGUGCAUUCAGGGUUACAACAGCAGCCCACCUGCAACAGGUUUGGUGUGUAACAGGACUUUUGAUCACUACACAUGUUGGCCUGAUGGCUCGCCUGGCACUGUCGUUAAUGUUUCCUGUCCGUGGUAUCUGCCGUGGUACCACAAAGUUAAGCAGGGUCGAGUGUAUCAGAUGUGUGGUGCAGAUGGUCGAUGGGCUAACAGUAAGAACACCACAGAGUGUGACGAGAACGAUGAUCGACUGGAAGAGUACUGGCUGAUUAUAAGUAAAUUCAGGGUGAUGUAUACAGUGGGUUACUCGCUCUCUCUGGCAGCUUUGGUUCUUGCGCUGGGAAUCCUGGCAGCCUUCAGGAAGUUACGCUGCAUGAGGAACAACAUCCACAUGAAUCUGUUUAGUUCCUUCAUUCUGCGUGCCGUGUCCAUCCUGGUAAAAGACGCACUGCUGGAUCUGAUCAACACCUCACACACUGGACCUUACCGCUACCAGGACCAGAGCUUUGACAUCAAGGUAAUGUCAGGAUGUCGGGUUGCCAUGGUGAUGAUGCAGUACAGUGUGAUAGCAAAUAAUUACUGGCUGCUGGUGGAGGGUUUGUACCUGCACAGUCUCCUGGUAAUAAGCGUCUUCUCUGAGAGAAACUACUUCUGCCUCUACCUGUGCAUCGGCUGGGGUGCACCGGUGAUAUUCGUGUUGCCGUGGGUGAUGCUGAAGUAUUUGUAUGAAAAUGAUCUAUGUUGGGAGAAGAAUAUAAACAUGGGCUACUGGUGGAUCAUACGCUCACCAAUUCUGUUUGCCUACCUGAUUAAUUUCUUUAUAUUUAUUAGAAUUAUAAAGAUUCUGAUGUCCAAACUUAAGGCUCAUCAGAUGAGGUACACAGACUAUAAGUUCAGACUGGCUAAAUCAACGCUUACACUUAUUCCGCUGCUGGGGAUUCACGCCAUCCUCUUCACCUUCGUCAUCGAUGAGUCCGUGAACAGGGAGUCUCUGCUGCGUCUCAUUCGCCUCUUCUACGACCUGCUCUUCAGCUCCUUCCAGGGUUUGCUGGUGGCCAUCUUGUACUGCUUUGUUAACAAAGAGGUACAGAGCGAGAUGCUAAAGCGAUGGAAGCGAUGGAAGCUGGGAAAAGACCUCGAGGAGGAAUAUCGCAACACGCACAGCCAAACGGCUCACGGCAAGAGCGCCAGCGUCAACGUGGCCUCGCCGCCAGAGCGCUCAGACACGCCCGAACCUGCAGCGCCUGCCCUGCCCUCGGAGGAGAGCCGCCGCCUGGUGAUUAUCUGCAGGAACGGCGCGGGAUUGGUGCACGAAAUGGACCGGGCGGGGCGUCACGAGGGCACCAGUAACUGCAGCUCUUUGACCGAGGACAUCUGCUUGGAGGAGAGAGUUCACAACACGGACCUCACAGCAGCCACCGAGGAGUGUGAUGUCUGAGGAGUUUGACGUCUGUGGAGCAUCAAGUUUGAGGGACCACUUUGUGUGUCUGUGUGACCAUCUGCUUUAUUUAAGAAUUAUGAAAUAUGUUUGUGUAUGGAUAAACUACACAUACACACUAUGCACACUCUUCACACACACACUACAUGCUAUACACAAAAAAAAUGGUGCACACCGUGAUAGUCAUAACAGGGGAGGGGCUUAGCUUGGAGUAGGCGUGUCCCGGUGACCCUUGCUAACCAUCCGACUGCAGUAAAGGUGCGUAAAUUUGUGGCGGCUUGCCAAUCGCAUGUAAACGCGUGGCUUUGUGUAAUUAUACAAAAGAAUAAUGCAGCUAGCUAGGCAGCUAGCGUUAGCAUGCUAGUUCCUCACUUGGUCAUCACGGCUGUUAAAAACCACAGCAGUUACACAUAAUGUCCUGACACUGUAGAAGAGUUUAAUCUUUUUAAACAAAGACCUAUGAUGGUAUUUCUUCGACCAUGAAGGCUCGCUAGGGCAUUAUGGGAAAUCGCAUGACCACAUGAACUUGAUGCCAGGCUUUCUAAACGUUCACACCAGCAUUCAAGCUCCAGCAGGUAGCUUACCUACUGUACAUUCGCACAGAGGUGUAUUUAUGGCAUAAUGAGGACUCGGACGAACCUCGCGCAAGCAGAGACGACGCUAAAACACAACACACACACACACACACACACACACAAUAUUUUAUUUCUUUCACACAUCAUGGUUCGAAUCCCAAAAUGCCAGAAUCAGGAGUGUGUAUAAUACUGUACAGGGGGUAUACCAGUGUGAAUAACAUCAUAAGUCAUAAUCGCUAAUUUUCCUAAACCGACUUCCACUGUAAUCCAGAUAGUAAGUAGUCAUUUCUUGAGUAUCUUUCUAGUGCAACUGUCACAUUGUUUUACAUCCAAGAUAAAAGAAAGAAGUUCACAAAGUCCACAUUUCUAAGCUUCAAGAGAAGAACAUUCAACAAUUCGUGAGUAACUACCUCAAAGGCACGGUCAGCUUUCGUACUAAAUCUGGAACGAGGAACAACUAGUAAGAUCUGUUUGGAGGAUCUGCGAUUCCUGCUGGAAUUAUGAGGUUGCAAUAACUAAUUUAUAUAGACAAAAGAUUGUCCAUGCGACGAAGACCAGAAUUUUCGAGUCAAUUCUAAAUUUUAAAAUUGAAAUUUCAAAUUGGUGUUCCGUGAGAUCUGUUUGACGACUUGGUUAAAGAGCUUCGAUAAUGGACAGAACUUUGUGGACACUUAACCAUAAGAUUGGUAUAUGCUACUUUUUGCGCCUCCCAUUCCACAUGGAGUCCCUAUUGGCUGUUAAUGGAACCCCCACUCUUCUGGGAAGAUGUUCCACUAGAUUUUGUGAGAUUUCAUUCAUCCAUUAGGGUAAUAGUAAAGUCAGAUAAAGAUGUAGGAAGACCAAAAAAGACCAAACAUGAGAAACUGAGCCCCUGAUCCAUUUCAUUUAUACAUCCGAGCAGAUGAAGGGUGUUGCUCAAUAGCAGGUGGGAUUUGAUCUCAUGAACGUCUCUGGUUUCGCCUUCGAAAAAAAGGGACGUAUCUGUUUGCGAGAACAUUUUCAAGUUUUUACGCUGCACAGAAAAAAUGAUGUUGAUGUGAAGGGAAGGAAAUAAUUUUCCCAGAUUUUUCUGGAUUGAAUGUGGGCAUGUCUUAAAAAGGGGACAUUUUAAGAUUUUUUUGUCUUUAGAACAUUUUCAGGUUCACAUAACACUGUGAACGGGAUGAGGAGUCCGCUAGGGAAUAGGUACAACACACACACACACACACACACACACAAUCUUUCUCGCUGUCUCUCUUUUCUCCAGUGUGCAAUUUCCAGGUUAUAAAUCAGACAGGAUGGAAAAGACAUUCCUGUGGGAAUCCAGA